UCACUCCCCAACGAGUAAUCACUCACAUCCCUCCCGACCGAAGCCUCGCUUUGAUAUCUAUGCGAGUUGGUUGGCUUGCUGCCUCUAUCCCUCGACUCGAGUGCAUUGUGAUCACACACGCAGCACGACCACACGUAGCAAACUUACAUAACACGUGCGUUCUUCAUAGGUUAGUUACAUACAGAUCACACACACACACGGUGAGACACCGAAAUACACGCGCACGCACACACACUGCCCCAGGCAUAAAGAUACACAGAGAGUCACACAGAAACACACAGAGCCACAGUCUCACAGCCACAUUCACACACACACAGACCACCACUCACACAGUCACACACACAGUUACACAUUCACACACACAGACCACCACUCACGCAGUCACACAGCCACACACACACACAGAGAAACCACCGAUCACAGUCACACAUUCACACAGUCACAGUCUCACACACAGACCACCACUCACACAGUCACACACACAGUCACACAGACCACCGCUCACGCAGUCACACAGUCACACACACACAGAGAAACCACCGCUCACAGUCACACAUUCACACAGUCUCACACAGUCACACACACAUACCACCACUCACACAGUCACUCACACAGUCACACACACAGUCACACAGACCACCACUCACGCAGUCACACAGCCACACACACACAGAGAAACCACCGCUCACAGUCACACAUUCACACAGUCACACAGUCACACACACAGCCACACACACACACGGCGACAUGAAUCAAUCCACCACAGAGCAGCUGAACGAGUUCAUGUCCGAGGUGGCCAGGAUUCCCCGAGAGGAGCGACUCGUGAUGAUGGACGGCCUCAAGAUGCCUCGCGCCCUCGUGCACGCGGACACCCUGAACAGGCUGCCCGACUUCCAGGCUCGACUCGACGACAUCGUCCUGCUUAGCUACCCCAAGUGUGGCUGCAACUGGGUUGUGCGGCUGCUCAUGCAUAUGGUGAAGCUGUCUCACCCUGAGCUGGACAAGCACCCAACGAGCCACCAGGCGCACAUCCCCUUGAUUGAGUUCGGGCCCCUGUCCAAGCUGGAGGGCAUGGACGCCUUCCCCUCGCCGCGAGUCAUCGCCUCGCACAUGCCCAGGGACCGCGUCCCCGCAUCAUUCUUCGCCAACAAGUGCAAGAUGGUGCUCGUCUUCCGAGAGCCGAAGGACACGGCGGUGUCCUUCUACCACUUCUACAACAACAAUCCGAGCCUGCCCGGCGUCGACUCCUGGGACGAAUUCUACCGCUUGUUCAUGGAGGGAGACGUCCCGUGGGGUGUCUACUCUGACUACAUCAAGCAGUGGGACAAGCACUGGGAGGCCGACAACGUUCUGGUGCUCACCUACGAGGAGCUAAAGGCGGACCUGCCGGGGGAGCUUCAGAAGAUGUCCACCUUCCUGGGGCUGGGUCUGUCCGGGGAGCAGAUCUCCGACGUGGCCGACAAUGGCACCUUCAGCGCCAUGAAGGCCAAGGCCGAGGCUGACAAUUUCAAGUUCGGCAAGGUGGUGUUCCGCAAAGGGGAGGUGGGCGACUGGAAGAACUACUUCAGCGAGGAGCAGAGCGCAGAGCUGGACGCCUCCUACGCCGAGAGCCUCGCCGGGACGUCCCUGGCCACCCGCCUCAACUAUUAGACAAGAGGACGCACGGGGGGACACGCUGCUGCGGACACACGCACGCACGGACAUGCACGGACACACACACACGCGCGGAGACACGUGUUCGCGCGGCGACACGCACGCACAGGCCACGCGCGCACCGGAUACAUGCGCAUGGACACAUGCACGGACACACGCGCACGGACACACACAAACACACACACACGCACACGGAUACACACACACGCACAUGCGCACGGACACACACACACACACACGCGCACGGAUACACACACACACGCGCACGGACACACACACACACACGCGCACGGAUACACACACACACACGCGCACGGACACACACACACACACGGACACACACAUCCACGCGCGCGCGGGGAGUCGAGGUCUCCGUGGCUGCUCGGGGUGCUACAGCGGUCUCGGUGACACCAAGCCGGCAACACCGAGGACCUGGGUUGGGAUCCGUGUUUCAAUACGGGCGGCUGAGACGUGCGCUGUGUUUACGCGGCGCGUCACAAACGUAAGUCGUUGUCGUCGUCUGACGGCCGAGAAUCUGAGCGGUGCCGACUCGGCGUCCGACCCCGUGACGUUCCAGUCCAACGGGACGGCCGCCCCGAUGUUCACAAUCGGCUCCUGAUUAGCGCGCUCGGCCAAGGUACGGCGCGAAAGAAGUUCAACGCGCGCACGUUUCAGAACGACGAAGGAAUCCACGGCAGUCUGGCGCGAGGCCGGCAUUGGAGGAGGGCCUCGUCACUUGCGCACUUUGAAAAUUGACGGCGUGGGUGGCAAGCAGCCACGGGGAGCUAUGAAGGAUAUUGUUCGGAGCACAUCAUCGGCCACGAUCUAUCCACUGUUGCAUGAAGGCCUCCCCCUCCCCACCACCAUUCGUCGCCAUCUCUCGUGGUUUUAUUUUUUCCGAUGCGACACUCCCGUUUGUUCCGUCCCUCCGCCUCCGGCACACGGUCCGAUUCCAUCGCUCCAUCUCCGCAAGCGAACGUCCCCGUGCGGCGCGUGAAGUCUCGUCCGUCUUGGCGACGGCGUCCUGCACCUGGGCACCAAAUUUUGGUCGUCGUCACAAUGCGUGACGUCGCUUCACCUGGACGUGUCCCGUAACCCACGUGUUGCUCUUUCUGUCUCUCGGUGCCAGUUCAAGCCUGCGUGCCUCUGUUCUCCACCCCUCCUCCCACCCCCAUUCACCCUCCAUCAACCCUUCUCCAUCCCCCUCCACCCGCCCCCCCCCCAAUUUCGAAUCUUUUGUUUUGAUUUGGCAAAAAUUCUGUAUAUGCACUGAUUGGAAACUUUCUUCUUUACGCGCGGAAUUUUAUAUAUAUGUGUGUGUGUGUAUGGUGUAGGCGGUCGCUUAUUAUGCCCCUCUCGUGCUAUAAACGAGUGGCCUUGACAAGGAAUGACCGAUAAUUAACAAAACUCACGGCUGUCGAUGCAGUCCAGCCAAGGGGAAGCCUGCGUUGGGGGAUUUGAGCUCGCACUGGCUAGGUGCCACCGGCCUUUUAAAUGCCCACGCACUCUUCGACACGUGCGCCGACCUUGCUGGUACUCAGAAUAAUGCACGAUGUUUGUACACGCACACACAUAUAUGUGUGUGCGUGCUUUUCUGUAAGUAUUUAGCUUCGAAUGUCGCCCACUAAGCUGCACAAAUCCGGGGCGUUGGUGCAAGUGAAGGAGCGUGUUGACUUUGGAAGUUCUUAGUGACGACUGGAUUGUCCCGGAAGGUAUCCUGGCAAUUUCAAUGCGCAGCCUGUCGGCUCCAGUUCAAUAAACCGAUGAGUUUUAAGAA